AUAGGCUUUAAAAUGGAUGUUAGAAGAAGAGCCAUGUGUUCAAACUCGUACAGUGAAUUAAACUAUCACCUAUCAUCUGCCACGUCGGCCAUCUUGAACACACUGCGGGUGCUGCCUAGAUGCCUUCCAAUUUGUAGCUCUUUUACGGACACACAAACUCAUGCGAGCAGAGGACUGUAGAGGUGUAUAUGUACAACACACAGAGGAGGUGAGUCACUCAUAGAGCUGUGAGAGUUUCAGAGCAGGCACUGAUGGUUUAAUCUCACGCACGGCAACACGUGUUGCUGUGUGCGAGAAAGUUUUGUGACUGCGACGCUGGUUAGUUAUGCGCAGUUAUGGUGAUGCUUUUCUCUGUGAAACUCUGGGCACAGGGAGCAUUUCUUUGCGUGUCUUUUGCACAGAUUAAACACCACUUAUCUUCAGACAGGUUUGCAAUGUGCUCACAAUGCAGGGAAAGGAAUAGUAUAGCAUGCCUCCAUACUUACAUGUAGGAGCUGGAAGCGUUUACUUUUGAAAAUGGCUUUGAAACUUUAAUAAGAAAAAAUAAACGGUGCUCUUUUCAGCUAGUUUGACAGAUGUUGAAGAUGUAUCAUUCGCAGGCUUUUUUAGGCAGAAGACGCUGCACGUCUGCACUGAAAUGGAAACUCGCACCUCAGAUGAUCUUCAUCUACAGCCUUCUCUACUUUUUUUUUUUUUUUUUUAUUUAGCUUUCAGCGGUCUGCAGACGUGCCUCAAAACACUGUGAGGUCAGGCUAUUUCUACGUCUACACAUUUUACAUGCCAGUCCAGCAAAAGAAGGUUGCCUACUGUCUAGCAGUACAGUAACCUCUUCCUCGACCAUCUGCCACAUAGCACGCCAACGAAAAGAGAGGACCAUAAGCCAGCCUUCUGUCACCGGCACAUUUACCGGUGAGCCUUAAACAACCACCAAGAAGACAUCGCACCAUUGUGAAGGCCAAAAACAAUGACUUCCAUCUUCCUGAUCUUCACUUUGGCAACAGCUGCUCUGGCAAAAGGAGCUAUUGAAUGCAAUUUCUCUGAACUUACUGGACCUCGACGGUGUUUUGGAGAAGCGGGACAGCCGUUGAUUUUUCAUCUGCCAAAUCCAGUAAAUCCAGAUAUCAUAUUGAAAAAGGACAACAACCACCUGAUUUUAAAACUUAAAGGUCACAGCGUGACCAUGCAUGAGGUGUAUGAGUCAUUCACAAGUGGAAUAUUAAGACUGGGGAAAGCAACGAAAAGACACUCCGGAGAUUACCUGUUGGAAGAAUUCGGAUCUGAUGGAAAGUUACUGAAACAACUCAGCGUGCAUCUAGAAAUAUUUGCUUUAGUGUCAAAGCCAGCUGUUUCUCAGAUGUGUUUGUCACCAGAACAGAUGAACGUCAGCUGCUCCUCAGAGGGGGGCGAGGUCGACUUCACUCUGACCUUGGACGGUCACUUACUGCUGCAGACCAAAGGCCCCAGCCUGUCGCAGAGCAGCUGGACAAUAAACGGUCAUAGUGAAGACAAACCCGGCGUUUCAAAAGUCACCAUCAGCUUAUACGGACAGCUGACGGGACGCUUGAUGUGUCGUGUUCAGAACAACGUCAGCAGAGAUGAGACCACCGUUCACCUGACAAGCUGCAAAGGUGUUUCUUCCUUCACUGUUGUGACUGUGGCUGUGACAGCCAGUGUCGUCACGCUCGUUCUCCCCGUGCUGCUGUGUCUUCUUUUAACAACUGCUGGGGGCGAGUUUAAAGAUGGGCUUUUCGUCACAGAGGUCGUCUACACGGUACAAAAGCUGACGGACUCGCAGACCCAACUCAAACCAAAAUGCUAUACAGCUGUUUCCCUAAAACAUGAAUAGGCACCGGACCUUUUUUGUACACCGAGUGUCACCAUUGCUGGACAUUAACUAACCCCUCAGAUAGAUAACCUAUGAUCAGGGAUCAUUGUCUCUGUGUCUUGCAAUAAGAUGGUGAAAAUAAUUUCCGGUGAAGGUUUUUUUUUGUUCUGUGGUUAAGGAACCUUUUGACCAUAUCUCUGUUGCACUGAGGCCUAUUUUCACUGCAAAAUGAUUGAUGAUUUUCUCUUGAUUCUCGUGUUUUUUGCUUCUCAAAAGUAGCCAUGCUUUCAUGUGAUUUUAGAUUCUCUCACUUGUCUUUUAAUUGUGUGACACUGUUGUGUGAGACAAGUUUUGUACAGUUAGUCAAAAUGUUGUAUUUUUUUUUCUAUUUUUAUUGAUUUUUCCUUCCCUCUUGUUAUUGGUAUACAGUCUUUAUGUGAUCGGGGAUAUUUGUUACCACAUCUAGUGUACAUUAUACUAUAAACUAUGUCAAGCCAUUUCAUCUCUGUUUAAACAGAGUGCUUCCUAUAGUGGAUUUGGAUUUUUUUAAAAAGUCAUUUUUUAAACCAUUUAUUUACUCUUCUUAAAGGCAACAGUGCUUCUUUUUAUGUAUUUUUGGAAAAAAAAAAAAAACAUUUUGAUAAAGAAAUGAAACACACUGUUUUAGGUUUUAGGUUUCUUACACGUUGCUUAUAGACAGUGGAGUCUUUUGACUUCGAUUUGUAAUUACUAUCCGAU